UAUUUCCAUAUAAGUAAAAUCCACGAGCGUCAAACAAACUGCUGGGGUGUUCAUGAUAAGCUUUGUCAAUAGUACAUCCAGGAACAAAAUGACUUCUGCCCGGAGUUUGAUCUUCCUUUUGACUGUGGCGAUGAUGUUCAAUUUCAGUCAUUCGAGACAUUGUAGAGGUUCUUCUUCCAGAUGUCCGCCUGGCUGGCAUCGCCAUGGGAACUCUUGCUACAUGUUCUCAAAGAACACUCUACCCUGGAAUCAGGCCUUGCAUACAUGUGUUAGUCUUGGUGCUGGUUUGGUCGCCGUUGAAUCUCACAGGGAAGAGAAAUUCUUACAAAAUAGACUACGUCAUGAAUUUGCAAGUUUCAUGUUUUGGCUUGGAGGAUCAGAUCAGUAUCAUGAACACUCUGUUUGGUAUUGGAUUGCAACUGAAAAAAAUAUAAACAGUGGCUACACAGACUGGCAUCGUUCGGAACCCGAUCACCCAGGUACUUUGUCACAGUCUUCUUUAAAAGUGUUUUAA